AUGGCGAAGAAACAAAGAUUUGAAGAUGAUUCAGAAGAUACAGAAUCAGAAACCGAUUCAUAUUCCGAAGAAGAAGGCAUAACAAAACUUCUUGAACCAUUUACUAGACAACAAUUAAUUUCCAUUAUUCGUUCAAUCUCAACAAAAAACACAGAAAUCAUUUCAGAAAUUCAACAACUCGCAGAUCAAAAUCCAUCUCAUCUUAAAAUUUUCAUCCAUGGACUUAGCUUAGAUACCACACCAGAUAAUCUCAGACAGAUUUUUUCAAGUUACGGAGAAAUUGAAGAUUGUAAUGUUGUUAUUGAUAACAAAGGGAAAUUCAUCUCUUCAAGACGUUGUUAUGGAUUCAUAUUAUACAAACACAGAAAAUCUGUGAUUAAAGCUUUAAAAGAACCGAUUAAAAAGAUUGGAAAUCGAAUUACUGCUUGUAAUUUAGCUUCAUCUGGACCUAUCCAUAUUCCUCAGUGGGCAAUGCGAGAAGAAAUUCUGCAGAGGAAGAUCUUUGUAGGUAAUGUUAACAAUUCUCAUUUUGAAAUUACUGCUGAAAAAUUGUACAAAUUUUUUUCCAAGUAUGGGGAAAUUGAGGAAGGUCCAUUUGGAUUUGAUAAACACACUGGGGAACCUAAAGGGUAUGCUUUGUUUAUAUAUGAAACUGUUGAUGGAGUAAGAAAGGCUUUAGAAGAACCUGUUAAGAAUUUCAAUGGACAUCCGCUGUAUUGCGAAAUAGCAACUUGUUGUUAUACUAAUAAGCAGAAAUUGGGUUCUUAUGAGAAGCAAAAAUAUGGUUCUGAUUCUGGUUCUACUGAAAGUUUAACUCCGAAGAGUGACUUGUAUAAUGCACCUAAGAGGCCUGGUGCUGGUAGGAAAAGGGUGGGGGGUUUUGGAAUGAGGAACCAAAAAUCUGGUCCUCGUUCUGAAAAUUUAACCACGAAGAAUGAUGGGUAUAAUGCACCUAUGAUUCCAGGUGCUGGUAGGCGACCUAGAGUGGGAGAUUUUGGAAUGAAGAACCGAGUUGGUCCUGGUUCUGAAACACGACGUUAUCAAGUUAGUAAUUCAGGCCAGGUUGGACCUUCUGGACAUGGUCAUGUUAUGAGACCUGCAUUGGUGCGGACAGGACGUUGUAGAAUUGGGAAUUUGAGACAUGGGAAAUUAGAGGUUAUGAACAUUUUCAAACACAUUGUUCCUUUGAAUAAUGCACUCCUUCGUCUACUUGUUCCUGUUACAUUUGAACCCAUGUUUAAACUUCGUAGUACAGAAUGCAUAGGUUCGGUACUUCCCAUCAUUGAUGCAUUAAGUAAGAAGACUGAAGGUUCGGAAGAAACACACAUCUGCACUAUAAAUGACAAUUAUACAUUUCUGACUCCUGAUAUCGGUAUCUUUGCUAUGGGAUUAGCAUCAAGCACUAUGGAGGCUCUGACUGUUGAUUCCUUAAAGUAA